UAUCAUUUAAGGCAGUAAAUAUCGCUCUCGCUCUCCUUAUUCAUUCGUGGUCUAUACAAUGCAGAUAUUUGGCCAAUUGGUAGUCCCAUCUGAAGCAUUAUUUGUAUUGGCUUUCUCUAUUUUCGGACUUCGAUUUGGCCUUUUUUAUGAUCUGCUCGAGCCCAUGGUAUUACAGGCUUUGCAGCUUAGGAUGCUUAGAUCAGCUGUCUAUGGUUUUGUGCGACAAAGAGUCCAACUUGUCACAAUACCCUGCACGUGUCGAUUGGUGUCUUGCUUCUUUAAUUUUAUGUUUUGACUGCUCGUGUGCUUAACAUUCUCUGUCUCUCCAGAUGGACAAAUACGACGAUAACUCUCCAAAAGUAGGGAUUUCCUUAGACCAUGAUGAUGUUAAGCAUGUCUCAGGCCUUAGCACUAUAUUGGUUGCCUCCAUUCAGGAAGCUAAGGACAGAAUAUCUCAGAUAGAAUAUAUAUUCUGCAGUCAACUUUACCCAAAUUUCCAGUCGAAAUCCAGAAGCUUGCAGAAAAUUUACUCAGAGGCCAUGGAAGCUGCUGAAAAUGCAUGGAAAGAGAAGGAAAGUAAUCUGUUACUUCAAACAGAAAAACUCUUGCUGGAAAAGGAGCAGGUCAGCAAAGAAAACCAGUCUCUGAGAAAGGAAAUGGCGAAGCUGUCUAGGGAACAGGAUGAGAGGUUGAAGGAGUUGGCUGAUGAACAAGAGAACCGGCAACUUAAAAUUGACGAGCUUGAAUCUGAGCUUCGACGAAAGACUAAGGAAAUUGAUGAGGGGAUAGAUCUCCAGAAAAAGUUACUGCAGUUAGUUCAAUCGAAUACUUCUGCAUUAGCUAUCAAAGGGAAAGAAACAAAAGAGCAAGAAGAAAAGACAAGAGCCCUUCUUGCUAAGCAAGAAAAUCUGGAAAAUAUGGUUAAGGCACUUAAAGAAGAAGUCAGAAAGAAAACUGAGGAAGUAAUCAGGGGAAAAGACUUGCAAGCAAAUUUAAUGAAGAAGAUGGAAUCGCAAGCGUCUGAAGUUUUUGAUCAAGAACAGCUGUUGCUCCAUUGCGAAAAAGAAAAAGAGAUACUGAUGACCAGAUCAAAAUGCUUGGAGGAGAAAAUAAGUGAGCUUGAGGAAGAGCUUAGGAGAAAGGCCCAAGAUGUUGGAAGGAAAUUGAACGAAGAAUUGCCUGAAAAGAGUGAUUCGGGUCGUUUAGAUGGUAUGAUUAAUGAGAAAGAAUCGCAGCAAUUUGAAGAGAGACAAUUUUUAUCGUGCAAGGUGAAGAAUCUAGAGGAGAAAGUGAAUGACUUGCAGGCGUGUCUUCGACAAAAGAGCAGCCAUACUGAAGGAGGUUCGGAAGAGAAUCUACUUCAACUGGUUAAAUGUAAAACUUCAGAAUUAUUGUCUGAGAGGAAGAAGAAAAAAGAUUUGUUUGAUGCCUAUAAAAGGCUGAAGUCUCAGUACAAUUACCUCCGUACAAAGCUUGGUCUUAUAAAUGAGGAUAAACUUCCACAAAGCAAGUCAUUUGAGGAAGAGGACAUAAUGAGGUGCCCACAGAAUCGACCUUCGGCGUCCUGCCUUGAAAAUGGUGAUCUGAAUACUGCUGUUUUUGGUUGUGGGGUCAAAGUGAAAGAGGAGAUCAGUGUUGAAGAUCACUUGGAGGCUGACAAAGGGAUUGGACCAAUAAAGAACUCACGUUCCCUCUCACCCAGCUCAAAGUACAUUGCAUCAAAAUGUCAAAUUGGUGAAAAAUCCACAGCCGCAGUGGGCACAAAGCGCAAUGCAUCAGAUUGGAGAGAUACUAGGUCCAAUCAACCUUUAGGAGGGCCUGAUCCUCAUGAUGAUUUUCUGAAUACACCUUUCGAGAAUGUUCAAAGGAACUUGAAUGAAGCUGCAAAUGAAGAAAACCGACGUUCUCCAGCCCAUAAUAUGAAGGAAAUAGAUCGAAGCUUCUCAGAUGACGAGACACAGGACAUGAAUGUUGAUCCUUGUCCUAAGAAGCAGCAAGUGGCAGCACCUUCUGCUGGCAAACAAAGUUUUAAAUAUGUGGAACCUGUAAGAAGGAAAGCCGAGCGGGAAAAUCUAAAAGGAGUCGAGUGCAGGCAGUGCAAGAAAUUUUAUGAUGCCGUUCUCCCCGAUGAUGAAAGCAAAGAUAAUGACAAUAAUAAGAGGAAUUUGCGCUGUGAGCAUCAUGAUGGCGUGUCCCGGCAUAGGUAUAAAUAUGUUCCUCCAAUGACUCCUGAAGGAUUCUGGAACAUUGGCUUCGAAUCUGAAAUGUAAUGGUCUUUUCAGACAGAAAUUGAUUUAUUCAAAAUUGGCACAUUUUCAUGCAUGCUUUGCUUCUACAUCUACAUUGCGCCAUUUGAAGGCA